AUGCAAGCAGAUGAUUUAAUCUGGACGAACUGUGGACACGGGUUUUGUUCAUUCCGAGUCGCAACUGCUCGGACGAAUUUUUGUCGAGAACGUCAUAAUGUGAUGGGGGAAUGCCGUCGAAGAUAUUGCCCUCUUGCGAAUAGUGUCUAUGCCACAAUUCGAGAGUUUGGAGGCCACGUCUACCUCUACACGAAGUCUAUUGAACGUGCGCACACCCCAAAUAAAAUGUGGGCGAAACUCUUGUUGGACGAAGACUAUAUGAAAGCCCUUCAACAAGUCACGGAAACCCUAGAUGAAGAUGUUUACUCGAAGUUCUUAAUCCAUCGUGUCAAACAACGUCUUACCAAAGUCUAUCAGUAUCUUGAGCGAGCAAAGCAACUCUCCAAAUCGAACGACAGAACACUCGAACGAGUGAAUGUGAAGGAAGACAGAGUUGAUAAAGCCCGAGCGGAGAAGGCGGAGCGUAUGGCCAAAAUUGAUUUAGUCAUUAAAGACCAAUUGCUUCAAAGAUUGAAGAGUGGAGUAUAUGGCGACAUCUAUGAAAACUUACAAGACAUGAUGUUGAACCCACAAGCCCCAGUCGAUGAGAAACAAAUCGAACAGGAGUUGGAAGAGGAAUUAGUUCAAUAUGAAGAAGACAUGUCGGAGGACAUCGAAGAUUGGGCUCAAAAUUAUAAAGAAGAGAAAGACAAGAAGGACAUCGAAUACCCUGAUGUGAAAGGCCCGAAGAUCAAUAUCGAAUAUGAAGAAGAGCCCGCAGAACCUGACGAGAAUGUACAAGACAACACACAGAAUUGA